AUGCUCUCAAGGAUAUCCACAGUCUGCCUACUGGCCUUGGGCCUCGUGUCCCCGGCCCUCGCGGUGCCCGGCACCGGCACAGGCACCCGGCAAGACUACGGUGCCAAGGGUGACGGCGCGGCCGACGAUACGGACGCCAUCAACCAGGCUAUCAGCGAUGGCAACAGGUGCGGCGAGAACUGCACCUCCCAGACCACGACCCCCGCCCUCGUUUAUUUCCCGUCCGGCACGUAUGUUGUCAGCAAGCCCAUCAUCCCCUUUUACUACACGCAGCUGGUGGGUGAUGCCCUUGCCCCCCCGACUCUUAAGGCCUCCGCCGACUUUGCGGGCAUGGCCGUCAUCGACGCGGACCCGUACGACUCGACCGGUAAGAACUGGUGGACGAACCAGAACAACUUCUUCCGCCAAGUCCGCAACUUUGUCAUCGACCUGACGGGCAUGCCCGUCGAGGUUGGCGCCGGCAUUCACUGGCAGGUCGCGCAGGCGACUAGCCUACAGAACAUCGUCUUCAACAUGCGCGAGGAUGGUGGGGACGCCAACAAACAACAGGGCAUCUUCAUGGACAACGGCUCGGGUGGUUUCAUGUCGGACUUGACCUUCAACGGCGGCAAUUACGGCGGCUUUUUCGGCAACCAGCAGUUUACCACGCGCAACCUGACCUUCAACAACUGCAAGACGGCUGUCUUCAUGAACUGGAACUGGGCGUGGGUGUUCCACGAUAUUAAAAUCAACAACUGCGGUGUCGGGAUCGACAUGUCCAACGGCGGGCCUGACGGCCAGACGGUCGGGUCCGUCCUCGUCCUCGACAGCGAGUUCACGAACACGCCGGUCGGUAUCAAGACAGCCUAUGACCCCAGUUCUCCCCAUACCAACGGCACGCUUAUUCUCGAGAACGUUGACAUGACCGGCUCGGCCCAGGCCGUCUUCAACAAUGCCACGGGCGCCACGAUCCUCGAGGGGAACCAGAAGGUCAGCUUCUUCGCCCAGGGCCGGGGUUAUGGGGGUGCUGGAGGCAACUCUGGCGACGCGUUUCAGGGACCGCAGGAGGUCGUCAAGAAGCCAGCUGUACUCCUCCAGCGCGAGACCGGGAAGAUAAUCACUCGCAGCAAGCCACAGUACGAAAACGUCCCGGCGGGGGAUUUCAUCAGCAUCAAGAAGGCCGGCGCCAAGGGUGACGGCGUAACCGAUGAUAGCGACGCUAUCCAGAAGGUUUUCGACACGCUCGACUCCUCCAAGGUUAUCUUCUUCGAUCACGGCGCCUACCUCGUUACCAAGACCAUCAGAGUGCCCAAGGAAGCCCGGAUCGUCGGCGAGGUUCUGCCUAUGAUUCUGGCCGGCGGUGACAGCACGUUCAAGGACCAGGAACAACCCGCAGGCCUGUCUUCCAAGUCGGUCAAGCCCGGCGAUAUCGGCACGGUCGAGAUGUCGGACCUCAUUUUUGGCACCGCCGGCCCGCAACCCGGCGCCAUCAUGAUGGAAUGGAAUCUCAAGGCUGCCGCCGCGACCUCGGCUGCUCUCUGGGACGUGCACACGCGCAUCGGCGGGUACCGCGGCACCAACCUCGAGCUCGAGCAGUGCGCCAAGAACCCCAACGUCACCAACCCCAUCAACCCCGACUGCUUCGGCGCUUUUAUGAUGCUGCACGUCACGCCGGGCGCCGGCAUCUAUCUCGAGAACACGUGGUACUGGCACUCGGUCCUGUACAACUACCAAUUCAACAACGCCUCCAACGUCUUCCUGGGCCACAUCCAGACCGAAACCCCCUACUACCAGCCCAACCCGGACUCCACCGAGCCCUUCCCGCCCAACCCCAAAUUCGCGGACCCGGACUUCGCCACCUCCUGCGCGGACGACACCACGGGCACCUGCAAGCGCGCAUGGGGCGUGCGGGCGGUCGACUCCAAGGACAUCUUCAUUUACGGCGCGGGCCUGUACUCGUUCUUCGACAACUACGCGCAGGACUGCCUCGAGACGGAGUCGUGCCAGGCCAACAUCGCAUCGCUCGAGGGCGGCAGCGAGGUGUAUUUCUUCGGCCUCAACACCAAGGCCAGCGUCAACAUGGUCAGCAUCGAUGGCCAGAGCGCCGCGCUGGAUAGCCAGAACCGCAACACCUUUUGCGCCACGCUCGCCUGGUUCCAGCGACCCUCUUAG